AUGGCUGAACAAGACAAGCUUUCGAUGCUGGAAGGAGUGUAUGAAACUCUGCUCAUCGACUUUCACGAGCACUGCAUGCUCCGGAUCAACAACUUGCAAAAGGAUCUGAUAGAGCUCAUUGAGAUCCAAGACGAGCAAGUAGAUGUAUCCGCUAUCCUCCCUCUUCCUGACGGCGUCAAACCCAACCAGCUCCUCCUCCUCCGCACAUCCAUCAUGUCAGUGCAGGAUCAGUAUGUGCAAGAGAUGCACAAAGUGAUCACCAUGACGGACUAUCACUGCAGGCCGGUGACGAUGGCAGAGGUCGACAUCCUCCUCAGCUCGGCCAAAAGACAGUUUCGUGUCGUGCGCAUUUGGCUCCGCCGUCUGUACGAAGACUGGAUGGGCGCGAUCAGCUCCCGGAGCGAGGAGCAGGACCUUCCUCUUACGAUGGACGCCAGCAAGAUGCUUCCUGCUCUUCGAAGAACUUUCAAGAGCACAGGAGGGGAGGACGGGAGUAUUGAGGAGGCAGAUCUGUCCAUGGAGAGCAACUUACUGGGCAACUCGCACGACGGGGUAGAGUUGAUGGAAGAGGCUGAAUGGGAGGCGUCAUUCGAGCUGUUCAAAACCUCCUCCUCCGGCCUGCCCUUCGCUUUCUGA